CCAGCAGGGAUUAUCUGUUGCUUUUGAUUUAGCCACCCACCGUGGUUAUGAUUCAGACAAUCCACGAGUUCGAGGAGACGUCGGAAUGGCUGGAGUUGCCAUUGAUACAGUGGAAGACACCAAAAUCCUUUUUGAUGGAAUUCCUCUAGAGAAAAUGUCGGUUUCUAUGACAAUGAACGGGGCAGUCAUUCCCGUGUUGGCAACGUUCAUUGUCACUGGAGAAGAACAGGGAGUGCCUCAGGCCAAGCUGACAGGGACAAUCCAAAAUGACAUCUUGAAGGAGUUCAUGGUCCGAAAUACUUACAUUUUCCCCCCAGAACCAUCCAUGCGGAUUAUUGCUGACAUCUUCCAGUACACUUCAAAGUAUAUGCCAAAAUUCAAUUCCAUUUCAAUCAGCGGAUACCAUAUGCAAGAGGCAGGAGCCGACACCAUCCUCGAAUUAGCUUAUACUAUAGCAGAUGGCUUGGAGUACUGCAGAACUGGACUUAAAGCUGGCCUUACCAUUGAUGAAUUUGCACCAAGGUGAGC